AUAAAGAUCAAUAAUGGAGUCAAAGACUAGAAGGCAGUCGUUUGUGGUGGCUCCUAGGAAUAUUAUUACUACCAAAUUGGCCACCAGUUUGGCCAAUGUUAAUGUUUUCACCAACAAAUAUUUAACUGAAACCCUUUCUGAAUCGAUUAAUCAAUUGAGUACUGUUUCCACAUCCCCUGAAGAUGAUGCAGACUUGGCAGCCUUACAGGAUGCAUUCCAAGAAAUAUAUUAUCUUGUUGAUGCCCAACGUGAGGCCGAAGGUAAAAAGAAACGUACCAUUGGACCCAAGGCAACGUUCCUGCUGCUGACUGACACUGAUCCUCAAAUGCCACCAAUCUCCAUUUCUCAAUUGAGACAUAUUCUUGCCAAGAUUAAGGAUUUGAAAGUUAGUGAUGGAAGAGUUAAGGAAUUGAAUCUGUAUGCUGCAAUUGCCGAAACGUUAAACAAUUUCAUUAGCAUUUAUCUGUUACUUGUGGUUUAUACUCAUGCAGCCAAUGUUCUCAUUGAACUGACGAUUCUGUCGAAUGAACAAUUGUUAUAUUGGGACUCGGUUGCCACUAGCACAUUUCUGAAGUACCUUUAUCUUGUUCAAGUUGCACCACAAAGAAUAGUGGAUAUGAGUAGAAAUAUUGCUUCAGAUUUCAAAGAGCGAAUUCUUAGUGUACAUGAUGACAAGUAUAGCUUGGCUACUAAACAGCAACAACACGACGUUCUAGCUAACACAUCUCUGGAUUGGCCUUCCAACACGGAAGAGGACAACCCAUUGUACCAUUUCGUUGACCAUAGUUAUCGAGUAUUGAAUGUUCUUUCAAUUUCAGUGACCAAAACCAUUUCUAAAUUUUUGGAUUCAAUCUCACUGCCUUCUUACUUGUUCUUUCAAAUGAACUCUCAUCUCAAUCGUGGAGGAAACAGUUUUAAGACCAGCACUCGAGAUAUUUCUUCUAAGCAACUUUUCCAUAAGGCAGUGAAGAACCUUGGUGUAUAUCUGAGAAUUAUUCUUGGAGCACCUACAAGAGCAAUUAAUAGCGAGAUUGGACAAAAGAGAGCAACCAUCAAUGAUGAUAUUGAAAGUGCAGCUUAUAGUCUUGGAAUAUUAAUUGAAAAGCUUCCUACGAAGGAAUUUGAUGAAUCUGAAGAAUUAAGUACAUUUAUUCGUCAAGGUGAACAUUAUGGAGUGUCUGAUAUUCUUGGUAAACUUGAACAAAUAUUUAAAGUGGAAAGAGUAAAUGCUAGUGGUGCUAAAAAUAUCAAUGCUAGACUAUAUGAUAUUACUACUUCAAUUGAUAAUUUCCAAAUUUCUAAUCCCAAAACUCAGGUUCCUUCAUAUUUGAAUCGAAAUUGGCCAUGGUUACUUUUAUUAUUGGGAUUUGGUCCACGUGCAUGGAUUAGAGCUUAUCUGAAUAGAAUGGAAAUUCUUGACUGGUGUCGUGUGAAUAUGUAUGAGACCGUUGUUGGUUUUUUCAAAAAUUGGGUUAUCAAACCAAUGUCUGAUAUGUUGAGUGUUAUUAGACAUGAUGAUUCAGCAUCGGAAUUGAGCAUUACUACCAAGGAAUCUCUUCAAUCCGAUUUGGAUUCAUUGGAAAGAAUGGUAGUGGAAUAUGCUGUAGACUACGGGAAUAACCAUGGAAGUGCAGAAUUAGCCACUAUUAAGAAAGAAAUUCAUGAAGCAGUUAAAGAGGGAGAUCUUACUAUUCUUAUGUCUAAAUAUGAACAAGAUAUAAGAAGUCCACUUCGGGCAACAAUCAGGGGUUCGCUUCCUCGAGCAUUACUUAUUCAACUUCAAAAAACUAAAGUCGAUGGAGCAGUUGCAAUUAGUGGAAUUGAUAAGUUAUUGAAAUCUCAACAAUUAGUUUUCGGAAUGGUUUCAAUAAGUCCUUCCCUAAUAAUUUUAUAUCAAUUAUGGAAUAUAAUUAGAAGAAACUUGACGGGUAAGCCAAUCCAAGUCAAUGGGAAAGACGUCAAUUUGGUAUGUCUCAAGAGUUUGAAUAAUAUUGAAAAAUAUUUAAAUGCUUACAAUGAAGUAAGUCAUGAACGUCAAACUUAUAUUGAAGGAUACUUAUUGAUCGAAAUCAUCAAUUUAAAACGUCAAUCGGUUGAAAUAUUACCUAAAAAUGUCCAAGAAAUGUGGAAGAAGGAUUUAAACGAUGUCAAUGAUAGAGAAUGGAGUGUAGAUGGAAGAUUACGGGUCAUGAGUAGAAUUUGGAGUGUUUAUGGGCAUUACUUUAGGUGAAGUAAAUAAUCAUAGUUUUGUAUACAUGUAGAUAGAAUGAUGUAAUUGAUAAAACAAAGACAUAUUAAAAGUUCGAUUGCGGAAUUAAUAACCCCGUGAUUCACGUAAAAUAAAAUGCAUGACAAAGGCACCACUCAAAAUAUGCUUCAGUUCCACAAUCUUGAAUUUAAGGUUAUUAUCCAUUCCCCCCCU